AUGUUUCUCAUGCUCAAAGUCCGGCCGAAGCUCGACAUCAACCCAGAAUACCUCUCUUCUUCGUCUGCCAUGGAUUCAGGUUCCCUCCCGCCGUCAGCCAUCGAACCCAUAAUCGAGGCUUACGCGCAGGGCAUCCGGCCCGCUUUCGCCUUUAUUCUGAUACCUGCCAUUUUCUCAGCCAUGCUCGUGCCUCUUCUCAUCAUGCUCUUCACGCUUUCCACUCCCCAGGUCCGCCGGGGACCCAUCUUCAUUCUCAACACAGCGGCGAUCUGCUUUGGCUUGACUCUCGGUGCGCUGAUCACCCAUCUUGCGGUCGGUAACCCGAUGUCUAGCGGAUGCCGCUCACGUUACCGCUCAGAUGGAAAGCGUUCUUUCACCAUUCCGCACAAACACCAAAGGCGAAGGUACCUCGUAUACGUGAUUCUGGACGCGUGGCUCCCCUGGAUCGCCGAAUCCGUCCUCCUUGUCCGAAUCUGGGCAGUGUUCCCCCGCGCGAAGCUUCCGUUUGUGCUGGCGUUCCCAGUACUUAUCAAGAUCGCGCGAAGCGUCGUCAACAUCCUCUUCAUCGUCGGCUGGGCAAAGGGUCUAUUCCAUCCUACGACAGUAAAUGAGCUGGAGGUCAUAAAACAGCUCAACCCGUUAUAUUUCAAAUUGGGGGCUAUCCUGGAACUUUUUGAUAAUGCAUACAUCUCAGGGCUAUUCCUCUGGCGACUCGCCCGGACCGGGCACGUAUUCAACGGCCAAGCGAUCGGCAGGCUUGCCCAUAAGCAAACCUACUCCGGACAUUUGGAAAACCUGUUUUGGAUUGCCAGCACAAAUUUCGUAUUCCCGAUAAUUAUCAGCGUGAUCGAAAUUGCCGCCAUAUACAGCGGCAACGUGGUCCUCGGCUCCUGUCUCAACCUGGUCAACUGUUACGUUGAAAUCAUCUCGACUGUCUUUGCCACCGUAUGGUCCUCUACGGCAUCCUUCGCAGAGGCGACCAGGAGCACUGCGUUCUCGACUACAAGCUAUGUACAGCCAAGACCGUUGCCUGAUCAGCCGAUAGAAUUGUUCAUGGACCGAGUCGUGACCGUCACAAUGGAUCCGCUGCCGGAUGAAGGACAGGAAGGAAAACCUGGUCCGGUGUAG